AAAGCAACAACGUAUAUGCUUUGCAGUGGAGGUGAAGAAACCCUAAAGCCAAAGAAUCACAAAAAGCAGCAAAAGCUUCUCUGCCACAGCUCUAAAAAUUUCCACACAAACUCCCCUACAAAUACCCUCCACAACUCUAUCCGACAACCAUCCAAGUUCUCGAGUUUUUGUAUUCAUCCUAAUUCAUCUUUCCAUCUCUUUCAAUUCCCUAUGGCUCAAAAUAGUUCAAGAAAGGCCCUUCAUACCUUGGCUCCCCUCUGUCUAUUGCUGUUGAUCCACAAUGCCACUGGUUAUGAGUUCAAGGUUGGAGGCCCUGGGAAUUGGUCUGUGCCUUCUGAUCCUAAUACAGGCACUUACAGUCAAUGGGCUGAGAGAAGUCGCUUUCAAAUCGGUGACACCAUUGUUUUUAACUACCCAGCUGACAAGGACUCAGUGCUGCUUGUGAACAAGGAUGACUUCACAAAUUGCAACACAGCAGCUCCCUUGGAAAAAUAUAGUGAUGGGAACACCAUGUUCAAAUUUAACCACUCUGGUCCAUUCUACUUCAUUAGUGGAGUCCAGGACAACUGCAAGAAGAAUGAGAAAGUGGUCAUCACCGUCUUGGCCGACCGGAGCAACCACUCCUCAGCUUCUCCUCCAUCACCGUCAACUUCAGAGACGAAUUCGCCAUCUCCCGCCCCAGCAGGCGAAGAGGCGCCCUCUCCACCUACCGGCUCCGUGGAGAUCAACCCAACUCCCGCACCUUCUCAAGAAUCUCAUCCAAAGAGUGACGGAGCACUAAUUGUCACCGGCCUCUUUACCUCCAUUGGAGCUCUUGUUGGCUCGUCAGCCCUACUUUUUUAACGUGAGAAGUUUGUGUGAAGUGUGUGACUAAAAUUGGGUGUAUUCCCUAUACUAUCUUGUUUUGUCUAUUCUUUUUUUUUUUUUGGGACUCAUUGUUUGAUUCAGUGUAUAAAUAAUUCUGAUUGCUGUGUAAAACUCGUGUUGAUCAAGAUUGUAUAAAAGCAAAAUAUAUUAUUGAAAA